AUGGCUCCUGCAACUUACACCCCCUCGCCAUCCCGGGAGCACUAUGAUGUUGUCAUCAUUGGAGGUGCCACCAGUGGCUCAUCCAUCGCCUGGCACCUUAGCCAAGACCCCGAUUUCAAGGGCUCUGUUUUGGUGGUCGAGCGGGACCCUUCUUUACAAUACUCCGCCUCAAAGGCGAGUAACAACUGCAUGAGACAGCAAUUCGCUACCGAAAUCAAUGUCAGAAUCGCGCAAUACGCCGCGGAAUUUGUGAACAAGUUUGGCACCGAAUUCGGUCCGGAUCCUUGCGUUCCCAAUCCACCUAUUAGAAACUUCGGCUAUCUCUAUCUGUCUGAUUCACCUGAAUUUACGGACAUUCUGCAAAAGGACCAGGAGCUACAGGCCAGCUGUGGUGCCGGCACGGCUAUCAUUUCUGUCGCAGAUGUCAAAAGCAAGUACGGGUGGUUCAAUAUCGAUGACCUCCACUCUGCAAGCUUGAACACCCAAGAUGAAGGGUGCUUCAAUGCUAUGGGCAUGAUCCAAUGGAUGCGCCACACUGCGUGCGAGAGUGGCGUCGAGUACGUCGAUAACGAGGUAGCCGACAUGCUUGUCGAACAAGGUCGCGUCAGCGCCAUCACGUUGCACAGCGGCGAGACAAUCUCCACCAACAAUGUGGUCAACGCUGCCGGUACCCGCGCCGCUCAAGUGGCUUGGAUGGCUGGCAUUCAGGUCCCUAUCGAAGCUCGCCGUCGUUACACCUACAUUUUCGAGGUCGACGAGCCACUUCCCGAGGAUCUGCCUUUGACCAUCGAUCCUAGCGGUGUGCAUUUCCGAUCAUAUGCCGCGAAGGACUAUCUUGUGGGCUGCCCACCUAUCGGCCCCGAUAACGCGGUUGAUGCCGACGACUUCAGCUUUGUGGAAGACGCCUGGAAAAAAAAAUUCUCCCGAUUAUCUCCCACCGUGUGCCUCAAUUCAAAUCGGCUCGUGUCACUAACAAAUGGAUGGGACACUACGAAUUCAACACAUUCGACUGCAAUGCUAUUGUUGGUCCCCAUAACACCAUUUCCAACUUCUUCUUCUGUGCUGGAUUCUCGGGACACGGUAGUCAGCAAGCACCCGCUUGUGGGCGCGCAAUUUCCGAACUGA